AUGCAUUUGGAGACUAAAAGGGCUAUUUUUGUUUUCUGGAUUUUUCUCCAAGUUCAAGGAAUCAAAGAUAUUUCCAUUAGAAAAUACCAUUCUGAAACCAAAGACAUAGACAAUGCCCUAAGAAUUGAAACAACUGAAAGUCCUACAAAAACAUACAAAGUGUCCACCAUGAGACGAAUAUUAGAUUUGGCAAAGCAUCGAACAAAAAGAUCAGCACUUUUCCCAACUGGAGUUAAAGUCUGCCCACAGGAAUCCAUGAAACAAAUUAUAGCCAAUCUUCAAGCUUAUUAUAGAUUGAGAGAAGUUGUUUUAUUUUUAACUCAGGAAAGAGAUACAGAAUUCACUAAUAUGUUUGAGGAUCCACUGGAGCAGAAGGUGGAGCUCAGUAUAGCUUUGCCAAAGCAGAAGUUCAAGGAGGAUCUCACCGACUCCCAGUCCCUAUAUUACCAGGAGCUGGUAACCAAGUGUCAACUUCAGAUACAAAAGGUGUUUAAGAAACUUCCAGGAUUCAAAGAAGUCCAAGUGUUAGGAUUUAGACCAAAGAAAGAAAGAGAUGGUUCAAGCUUCACAGAGGUGCGACUUGUGGCCAUUUUCAAGAGAGAUAAUGCAGAAACAAAGAGCCCUGCAGGUGAUCUCCUGUCUUUUCAUUCCAACAAAAUUGAAAGUCAUGGAAUCAUGGAGGAGAACAAGCAACCAGAAAUCUAUCUCACAGCCUUAGAUCUCAAAAAGCUAAUCAGCAGAGCACUUGAGGAAGACCAGUCCUUGGACAUGGAGACUAUACAGUUCACUGAUGAAAUUGUUGAGUUGUUGCCAGGCUCUGAUUCCCACAUCCAAGCAGUGCUGCCUACACCCCUUGCUGAUAUCACAAAAGAUGCCACGUUGAGUCCAGAACUUCCUCUUGAUCGAUCCAGGCUUGGGACAGCUGACAAAACAGAGCAUGAUUUACCUGGUGCUUCCUCCACAGGCAGUCCUUGGUCUUCACCUGCUAGAGACUCUACCUCCCAAUCAGAAACUCUACCUUUCUCAACUGGAUCAAAGGUCUUCUCUCUGGCUGACCAAAGUGCCAUAGAUACAAUGGACAUUGACCCAACAGCAUUAGUCUCAGGGAUAACCAUCCUUGCUGAUAAUUACUCUGCCAUUAGCCAAUCUGCUAUGGGAAUUAGACAUUCUCCUGCAUCUUCAGAAGACAGCAGGUUGAAUACAGACAACAAGGAUAAGAUCAAAGAACUAGAUGGGAUGGAUUUUUCCAGUGUUCCUGCCUCAUCUGAGGUGCCAAGACCCAGUGGGUAUAUUUCUACAGAUCAUUUCUUGGAGAAUUCCACUCCUGUACCAGUUUUACAAUAUAUCACCACUAGCUCUAUGACCAUCGCCACCUCGGGCCAAGAGCUGGUAGUAUUCUUCAGUCUGCAUGUUGCUAACAUGCCUUUCUCCAAUGACCUGUUCAACAAGAGCUCUCUGGAGUACCAAGCUCUGGAGCAACAAUUCACACAGCUGCUGGUUCCAUAUCUACGCUCCAAUCUUACAGGAUUUAAGCAACUCAAAAUACUUAACUUCAGAAAUGGGAGUGUGAUCGUGAACAGCAAAAUGAGGUUUGCCAAGUCGGUGCCAUAUAACCUCACCAAGGCUGUGCAUGAGGUCUUGGAGGAUUUUCGUUCUGUUGCAGCCCAACAACUUGAUCUGGAAAUAGACAACUAUGCUCUUGACAUUGAACCAGCUGAUCAAGAAGAUCUCUGCAAAUUCCUAGCCUGUGGACAAUUUGCCCAGUGUGUACUGAAUGAGUUGACUGAGGACGCAGAGUGUCGCUGCAGACCAGGAUAUGAGAGGCAGGAGGGCCUGGACCACCUGGACCCAGGCCUCUGCAGCCCCAAAGAAGAAUGUGAGGUCCUUCAGGGAAAGGAAGCCACUUGCAGGUUUUCAGAAGUGAGAUCAAUAAAGCCUGUCAUUAGGAGAUCUGGAAAUGAACAGCUCUUCCGAAGUUUUGCUAUGCUCCACUUCCUCCACCUGUGCCUGCUUCUCACAGCUAAUGCUGCCUUGAGGAGUCCUGGGCAGGAAUAUCUGAUGUUCCUCAGACCAAUUCAACAAGCAUUUUUGAGCACUCAUAUACCAGUUACCGUGUUAGAUGCCGAGCAGUAG